AUGGCACUGACGCUCUUUGACCAGACUGCUGCACCUGCUGCUGUGGUGCAGCCACUGGGCAGUGUGGCGGAGUGGUUCAGAGCGCUCAUGGGCAAGGACAGCGGCGUGCUGUAUGAGGACCCGCACCUGCAGAUUGGGGUGAAGAGUGAGUGGAAGCCACCGCAUGGCCGCGUGGUGCUCUUCCUGGGCAACAAGGGGACGGCGCCGCUCACCGCUCUCACCGCCUCCACACCGCCCACGCCCGGCCUGCGAGUCAUCCUCUCGCCGCUGCCUCAAGUCAUCCCCCCUCGCGCCCAGAUCCAGCUGCCAGUGGAGGCGGCAGCAGUGCUGGUACCCAGGGAGGCGCCGCGCCUGGACAUGGCAUACACGCUGCCCUCAGGCACGCGCGUGCCGCUGCGCCUGCACCUGCCCGUGGCGCUCAGCAAGGCGCUGCUGCCCGCGUCGCUCUCCUCUGCCGACUUCUUUGCUCGCUGGAAGACCCUCUCUGCCCCGCCGCACAAGCAGCAAGUUGUGCUGAGGGGAGUGAAGCCGCUGCCGCUACCUGCACUGGCACAGCUGCUGGCGUCCAUGCACAUCAACCCGCUGCCCAACCUGGAUCCCAACCCCAACAACAUAGUGGCGUGCUGCACGCUGCACACAGAGACCACCCCGCCCACCCUCCUCCUCGCGCGUCUGGAGACGGACCCAGCGGACCGCUCGCAGCUGCGCCUCACCUGCGCCUCCUCCGACCCCACCGCCUCCGCUGCGCUGAGGGACUUCAUCAGCGACAACAUCAGUGAGCUGCCACCCGCCUGGUUGCAGCCACCCCCAGUGGCCGCCCAGCAGCAGCAGGGGGGAGCCGCCAUGCUCGCCCUGCCCUGGUCCGGUGCCCCUGCUGCUGCUGUUUCUUCCCCUCCCGGCCCGACUGCCGUCGCCCCCUCGCCCGCUGCCCCUCACAUGGUGCUCCCGGGGGGUGCUCCUCCCCCUGCUGCAGGCAUGGCGCCCAUGCCGUAUGGGAGCAUGCCCAUGCAGGGGCCUGGGAUGGGCAUGGCUGCACCCAUGGGGAUGGGAGUGCCAGGGGAAGCGAUACAGGUCCCUCGCCAUCAGCAUCAAGCGAAGCUUCCCCUCUCGCUCGCCCUCCCUUUCCUCCCGUCGCCCUCCCGUUUCCCGUCGCCCUCCCUUGAGAUCGCCUUCGGGAUCUGCUGUCCCAUCCCGUCGCCCUCCCGUUUCCCGUCGCCCUCCCUUGAGAUCGCCUUCGCGAUUUAG